UUGUAGUAAAUUCAAUACUUAGCUUGUUUAAAGGUCAGGUAGUAAACAUCAAGCAGCCAUUUAUUAUACAGUAGGUUGCAUUGAAAGGCAACACAGUAUUCUUCAGUCUUGACCUGUUAAUAAGGAAAUGUGUCAUGUUAGAUGCUUUAAUGAUCAAGGGGCGAUGCAAAAUGGGAGGGGAAGACAUCUGAAAUGGAGAACAUAAAAUCAGAGAGAUCUUGACAGGAAGCAGUUGUUUCCUGAGAGUGAGUCAUGUCGCAAAUCUUUCCAUCAUUAAAUGACAGGACAAGCCUCCACCUAUCCUCCACAUUGCAACUUUUUCUUGAAGGACUUGGCCGCUGUGGUCUUCACCAAAAGACACGUUGCCCAAAGACACAGCACACUUAUGGGCUCCAGCAUAAGAUGUAUAGCAAAGUGGAGGAAAACGCAUCUGCAACCCCCAAAGACUCUGCUUGUUUUAUUCCUGGCCAUCAGCUUUAUCUACAGUUGGUUGCUGGUGGUUAAUAAACAACAACAUCUGAAUGGCAGCAAUGCAUCACUCCCAAAUAAUAUCACCAUCCUGUUAUGGCACUGGCCGUAUGGCACCCGGUACAGCCUUGCAGGUGACGUGUGUCUGAAGGACUACGGCAUCUCUGGAUGUGUGCUAAUGGACAAUCGCACUCUCUAUGGAAGCGCUGAUCUAGUGGUCUUUCAUCACUUUGAGCUGAAGCUGCAUAAACAGCACCUUCCAGUGCAUCUCCGUCGGCCCGCCAAACAGAGGUGGGUAUGGCUUUCUUUAGAAGCACCACAAAACAACGGCAACUUGUCACCAUACAACAACCUUUUCAACCUCACCAUGUCAUAUCACUCUCAUGCUGACGUCACUGUGCCCUAUGGGAAGCGGUUACAGAGAAAGAAACCAGGUCUAGACUUUAUCAUCCCAAAAAACAAGAGUUAUGAAGCCUGUUGGGUGGUUACCAACUACCAAAAAUGGCACAAAAGGAGUGCAGUGUUCCAGGAGCUAAACAAGAACCUCAACGUGCAACUGUAUGGCCUUUCCGCCAAAAAACCUCUACCGAAGGAGGCGCUGCUUCCAACAAUUUCACGCUGUUAUUUCUACCUAGCCUUUGAGAACACACAGUCUCCGCAAUAUAUCACUGAGAAGCUAUGGAGAAACGCUUUCCAGGCUGGGACCGUGCCCGUGGUGCUGGGACCGCCACGCAGAGACUAUGAAGCCGUGGCGCCUCCGAAUUCCUUCAUCCAUGUGGAUGAUUUUAAAUCAAUUAAGGCCCUGGCUGAGUAUUUGAGAGGCCUAACUAAAGAUCCAGAGAAGUAUAAUGCAUAUUUAAACUGGAGGCAAGACUAUAUGGUCAAAUUAUAUACAGACUGGAGAGAACGAUUGUGCAAUAUCUGUCCCAUAUACAGACAACUUCCAACUCAAAAGGUUUAUGAGGAUUUGAGAGCAUGGGCAAAAUGGUAGUUGACAUUUUAAGGGGCCCUUCACACAGAACACGUUUUAGCGU